CGAUCUUCGGAUUGUUUUCACAAAGUUGCUGGAUCGAUCCGGACGCGCUGCUCAGAGCUGCAUAUGAAUGAAGAAGAAAGGGUUGUCGCCGCUAUAUCAAUGACUCUAUGCGAGUUAGCAACAGCAAAGCACCACGCGCCGCCUAUGGAAUGCGACAUGUUUUCAGCUCGUCUCCGCGCUUCAGGUCCACGUGAUGGGUUUUCGGACGAGCAGGAAGAAUUUGAAGUGGAUAUCCGAGGCAACUGCGUCAAUGCAUUAUCGCGCAGCGCGCAAUUCUGGUCAAGUUACUCCGGUUACCUUCGAGAAGUCCGUGAGUUACACUUCAGCCAUCGAGUUCCUGCGUCUCCAGAAAUGCUCAUGGUGAGACCAAUAAUUUCAGCUCAGUUAUGUUCUACGUUUCAGCGAGAAAACGACAUUGGUAGGUCAUAA